AAAUCCUCCAUUGAAGUCAACUAUUUGCGACAGGUGCGAAUGGAGCGCGAGUCCUUGGGCAUAGAGGUGAAAUUUAUCCACGAGAUUAAUAUACUGCGCCACAGCUUGACGCUUAGAAAACAGGAUUACCCAUCUGCCCUAUGGGCCUUUCAUCAGCUGGAGGAUCUGGUUCUUAGCGAACUGCUGCUUGUGCUGCUUGUGAAUAACAGGAGGAGCAUUCCCUAUCAUAAAAUCUGGAUGUACGACGAUCGCAGCAAGGAACAAUUUAUCACAAGCCAGAAUAUGGAGUACGAGGAAUUUCGCGAAGCGAUUUGCAUUGCUGAGAAGCUUCGGUCUGGCAACGUGGAUGUUAACUCUGGCGCCGGCUGGCAGCUGGCCUCACCAAAAGAGGUGCGAAUGGAGCGCGAGUCCUUGGGCAUAGAGGUGAAAUUUAUCCACGAGAUUAAUAUACUGCGCCACAGCUUGACGCUUAGAAAACAGGAUAAUAAUAAAUAA